CGGUCUAACACAAAUAAGAGGAAGGUCAUCGACAACCACUCUGGUCACCCAGAAAAUUCCAACGACACUCAGCCUCUUCCGUCUACUACUCCGCCUCAUGGGCCCGCUGAGCCUGCUACUCGACCUCCCGACUCUGCCACUCUGACCCCUCGGAUGCCUCAGGACACUCCUCCAGAUCCUCCUCUGCACGAUUCCCGCCUCGCUGCUCCACAGACAGGAGCCACCGUAUCCCAUCAUACCGAUGGUUCUCGGCAGACGAUGGUCGAUCCCAAAACUUUUCAGGAGUCUCAAGUACUUCAUCCUCUCCCGGAUGUUUCAGCAGUACCCAGGCAAUCAUGGCAACUUCGAGCCAGACAUUACAGCAUAUUGACCAGGCCCAAUAAAACGCCAGCCAGACCACCUAAAGCAGGAAGUGCAACUGCUGUAGCUCCAGCAGAGGACGUCGACGAAGCCGAUGGAGAAGCCAUCGAGCGAGUAGCUGUAGAAUCACCAGUCGAAGCAGACGAACCUCUAGUACUCAACGAGCUUGAAGAUCUUUCGAUACUCGAAGAGGUUGCAGAACUUGAUGCAGAGCCUGAGGAAGUAGCAUUGGCACUAACAAUACCGUCUAUCAGUCCUGUUGUCGAGACUAAGGAUGACUCGGCCGCGAGGUUGACAGAGGCUUGA